CCGGCAGUGGGCGGGGGCGGGGGUGGCCUGGAUGGGGGCGGGCUCUCCGGGCCCCCAUUGGCUACAGGCACCCCCAACACAGGGCUCCCCCCACCUUCCCCCCCAGUCUGUCCUGCUUCCAGCUGCCGCAGCCGCACCUUCGCUGCCUCAGCAGCCAGCAGCCCCCUGCUCCUGCUCAGCAUGGCGACCCCAACCCAGACCCCUACAGAUGAAUCCAGCUCCAGAGAAGAUAAGACCUAAUGAGAACUGCAGAGGAAGUAGAGGACCAUCACUUCUGCAGUGGGAAGAUGAUCUGUGCUCUCCUGAAGGCAGAUGGGGUUUGUGGCAGGGAGGUCCUGAGGAAUUUGACCCAUUUUUCUAUGACUAUGCCACGGUGCAGACAGUGGGCUUGACUCUAGCCACCAUAAUGUUCCUGCUGGGGAUCAUCAUCAUCAUCAGCAAGAAGGUGAAGUGCAGAAAAGCAGACUCCAGGUCUGAGAGCCCCACCUGCAAGUCCUGUAAGUCGGAGCUUCCGUCCUCAGCUCCUGGUGGCGGCGGGGUGUAAAACGAGCCCCGGGAACCUCCGCUGCUGUCCCCGCCUGACGCGGGAGCCUGAGGACCGGGUGAAGGCGGUGGGGACCCCAGCCCCGCGCCGGGGACGUUCCCCCGAAUGAGCCGCCCCACCCACCCAAAGGCUGGAGCCGCUGCACCCCACUGUCCCUGCCCAGGCCUUGGCAAUGACGAUCCCCCAAAAAGCCUGUCCACACCCCAGACCCAGGGACUCAGGCCUCCAGCUCCUGGGAUCUGGGAGUCCACCCCCAGCUCCCCGGGAACCCCGUGUGCUGCUCCCCCAACCUCCUUGUCUCCUUCCGGAGCAUCCGUGCCCUGGCCCCCGGGUGUCCUCGUCUUGAGCUUAAUAAAUGUGCAUUUGGUUUUUCGCCCUG